UUUCAAGUUCAGCCAAUUACUAAGAGCUGAAACGAAACCCUAGAACCGCCAUUUUCGCGCUACGCCAAACUAGUUGCAGCAGUAGAAGUGGGAGAACAAGAGAGACGAAGACGCCAUGAAAGUCCGGUCAGUGAAGCUCCGAGAAGCGCACAAGAACGGUAACGGUGUCGGCUCGUUCUGUUCGAUCCUGUGGGAUCUCCAGGCCCUGCACAUCGUCACUUCGUCUUCUUCGGAUUCCUCGAUCUGCAUUCAUGAUACGCUUCUGCUUUCUGCUCCACCGAGGAUGCUCCGGCAACAUCGGGACGGGGUCACCACUUUGGCUCUCAGCCCCAAUUCGACGUGCCUCGCUUCCGGAUCUGCCGAUCAUUCCGUCAAGCUCUAUAGAUUCCCAGGUGGAGAGUUCCAGACCAACAUCACAAGAUUUACAUUACCAAUUCGCGUUCUUGCUUUUAAUAGAUCGGGUAGCAUGUUGGCAGCGGCUGGUGAUGACGAGGGCAUUAAACUUAUCAACACAAUCGAUGGUUCAAUUGCAAGAGUUCUAAAAGGACACAAAGGGUCCAUCACAGGUUUAGCUUUUGAUCCUAAAAGCGAGUACUUGGCUUCAGUUGAUUCAGUUGGGACUGUCAUAUAUUGGGAACUCCAAUCAGGUAGAGAAUUGCAUACUCUUAAAAAAGUUGCUCCUGACACUGGAUUGGAUUUUUCUAUCAUGAAUGUGCUUUGUUGGAGUCCUGAUGGGGAGACCUUAGCUGUCCCUGGUUUGAGAAAUGAUGUUGUCAUGUAUGAUAGAGACACUGCUGAAAAGUUGUUCACCUUGAGAGGCGAUCAUGUCCAACGAAUUUGUUUCUUGUCUUGGUCACCUAAUGGGAAAUAUAUGGCCACUUCUGGUUUAGACAGACAAGUAUUGAUAUGGGAUGUGGGUCAAAAGCUAGAUAUUGACAGGCAGAAAUUUGAUGAUGUGAUAUGCUGUAUGGCAUGGAAGCCGACUGGAAAUGCAUUAGCUGUUAUUGAUGCUAUGGGAAAGUAUGGUAUUUGGGAAUCAGCUGUUCCAUCAUUCAUGCAGUCUCCUACAGAAGCUAUUCCUAGUUUACAAUCAAAGAAUAGCAAUGGACUGCUAUUGUUUGAUGAAGACGAAGAGGAAGAAGAAGAAGAGAAUAAUAUGUCUGGUAGUUUAGGUGAUCUUGGUGAGGAUAGUCUUGGUGAAUCUGAACCACCCAGCAGGAAAAGAUUGCGAAAGCAAUCUGUAUACGAUGAUGGUAUUGAUGAAGUGAUUAGUAAUGGAUUAAGCUCAAUUCCAGAGGAUGAGCCCCGCAAAAAAUCUUCUCAUAGUAAGAAGGAAAAGCUGGAAAAGGGAAAGGAUAUAGAGAGGAACACAAUUUUGUCAGCUAGCUCAAAAAUUCAAGAGGCCUUUCAACCAGGUUGUACUCCAGUGCAGCCUGGAAAAAGACGUUUUCUCUGUUACAACAUGCUUGGAAGUAUAACCACAAUGGAGCAUGAUGGAUAUUCCCAUAUAGAGAUAGAUUUUCAUGACACUAGCAGAGGCACCCGAGUUCCAUCAAUGACUGACUACUUCGGUUUUACAAUGGCUGCAUUAAAUGAAAAUGGAAGUGUAUUUGCAAAUCCCUGCAAGGGUGAAAAGCCCAUGAGUACUCUCAUGUAUCGUCCUUUCAGCAGCUGGGCAAAUAACAGCGAGUGGUCUAUGAGAUUUGAAGGAGAAGAAGUUAAGGUUGUGGCACUUGGCACAGAUUGGGUGGCUGCUGUUACAAGUCUUAAUUAUCUCCGUAUCUUUAGCGAAGGUGGAUUGCAGAAAAAUGUUCUCUCUCUUGAUGGGCCAGUGGUGACUGCAUCGGGCUUCAGGGAUCAACUUGCAGUUGUCUUUCAUGCUUCUCCUUCUCUUCCAUCAAAUGAUCAGGUGCUGGAAUUUAGAGUGUUCAAUAUUUGUAAUGGGACCCAACCACUUAAAGGACGGCUUCCACUCACUCCCGGUUCAUAUCUAACUUGGCUUGGUUUCAGCGAAGAAGGCCAAAUAUGUUCUUUUGAUUCUAAGGGGGUGCUUAGAGUUUUUACAGAUCAAUAUGGAGGCAACUGGCUGCCGCUCUUUAGUUCUGGGAAAGUAAAGAAACCGGAGGAAAAUUAUUGGAUUGUUGGACUGAAUGAAAGCAAGUUGUUUUGUGUUGUUUGCAGAUCUCCUGAUUCAUUCCCUCAGGUCAUUCCCAAACCCAUUCUCACUCUACUUGAUUUCUCAUUCCCUCUUGCAUCCUCUGACCUGGGAGCAGAUAAACUUGAGAAUGAGUUUAUAUUGAAUAACCUGCAUCUCUCACAGAUCAACAAAAGAAUUGAAGAAAUGGCAGCCAAUGGUCAGGACACUAAUUCACUUGACGAUGAGGCUUUCAACAUGGAAACUGCGCUUGAUAGAUGCAUCUUGAAGCUAAUUGCAUCAUGCUGCAAUGGUGAUAAGCUUGUGAGAGCUACCGAACUUGUGAAACUUCUGUCACUUGAAAAAUCGGUUAAAGGUGCUAUAAAGCUUGUAACGGCUUUUAAGCUUCCAAACUUAGCAGAGCGUUUCAGUACCAUACUGGAGGAAAGGUUGCUAAAUGAAACUGCAGCAGCUACCUCCCUUCCUGUCACAGACCUGAGUACUAUCACUUCCGUAAAAGCAGAUGUGAUCAACAGCAAACCCCCAGCUGAAAGAAGCAAAAUUUCAGAACCUUCCAUGCCAUUGGCAACACAAAAGUUGUCUUCCCCACCCAUUACAAAGAAAGGGAUAACAGAAGCAGCCAGGACCGGAAACACGAGUAUAGAGCAGAAGCAAAGUGCAAAGAUAGAAAAUGUGGGUGAGAUAAAGAAUGGAGAAAUGAAGGGGGGUGAGGUAAAUCAGGCACAAUUGCGCCCAUCUAAUCCUUUCGCAAAGCCUUCAAAUAAUCAAGAAAAGUCUUCUUUAUUUGAUUCUCUUAAGAAGAUGAAGAAUGACGGCACAGGUAAAAAAUGAGAUGCCGAUUGUUCAAUAGAAUCGACCCACCGGAAAAUCCCAACCAAGCCCCUUCUUAACAUGGGGAAAAUGUUGCUGCUUCUCUGUACAUUGCAGAGGCAUUGCCACUUGUGAGUUAGAACAGGGUUCUUUAUUCUUAUCGUGUAAUAUGUUAUAUAAUAUAGGUAGAAUUGUAAGAUACUAAGAUAUGUUACUUUUUAUUUCAUUUGUUGCUAUAUGUAAAUUUUGUUUUUAACACAAUAUUUCAAAAUCAACAUUUUUUGUCAUAAAACGCAUGUGAAAAAGUCUU